UGCUGAGCGCGCGCGAGAACAAUAAUAAGAUCGUGUUUGCGGUCGCUGCCCGAGGAGGAAUUCGGAGGAGGCGCGAGGCCCGGUGCUCGCGCCGCGCCCGGGAGCCCGGCAAAGAGGCCGCCGGCGGCGGCGGCGGCAUGAGGCAGGCGACGCGGCGCCUGUGAGCAGCGCGCGGCAGCGGUGGGGACCUCCGCGCGGACGAGAGCAGGGCGGCCGGGGGUUCCCCUCCCCCGCUGCCGGGCGGUGAUUUGCCGGGCCUGCUGCGCCCCCCGCCCACCCCUCGCCUCAGCCGCCGCCUCGCCGCUUCCCCUCGUCGGAGCGGCCGCUCGUCCGCCCGCCCGGCUCGAGGCCCGCGGGGAGCGCGGCGCAGUCCGUCGGCCCGCGGGGGGGCGGCCUCCCGGCAUCUUCGGGGCGCCCAAGGACGACCAGGAAGGAGAGCGGCCGGGAUGGCGCGUCCGCGGCCCCGCGAGUACAAGGCGGGCGACCUGGUCUUCGCUAAGAUGAAGGGCUACCCACACUGGCCGGCCCGGAUUGAUGAACUCCCAGAGGGAGCUGUGAAGCCUCCAGCAAAUAAGUAUCCUAUCUUCUUUUUUGGCACCCAUGAAACUGCAUUUCUAGGUCCCAAAGACCUUUUCCCUUAUAAGGAAUACAAAGACAAGUUUGGAAAGUCAAACAAACGGAAAGGAUUUAAUGAAGGAUUGUGGGAAAUAGAAAAUAACCCAGGAGUAAAGUUUACUGGAUACCAGGCAAUUCAGCAACAGAGCUCUUCAGAAACCGAGGGAGAAGGUGGGAAUACUGCAGAUGCAAGCAGUGAGGAAGAAGGUGAUAGAGUAGAAGAAGAUGGAAAAGGCAAAAGAAAGAAUGAAAAAGCAGGCUCAAAACGGAAAAAGUCAUACACUUCAAAGAAAUCCUCUAAACAGUCCCGGAAAUCUCCAGGAGAUGAAGAUGACAAGGACUGCAAAGAAGAAGAAAAUAAAAGCAGCUCUGAGGGUGGAGAUGCCGGCAAUGACACAAGAAACACGACUUCAGACUUGCAAAAACCCAGUGAAGGGACCUAAUUACCAUAAUGAAUGCUGCAUAUUAAGAAAACCACAAGAAGGUUAUACGUUUGGUUGUCUAAUAUUCUUGGAUUUGAUAUGAACCAACACAUAGUCCUUGUUGUCAUUGACAGAACCCCAGUUUGUAUGUACAUUAUUCACAUUCCUCUCCGUUGUGUUUAGGGGAAAAAAGACAUUUUAGCCUUUUUUUAAGGUUAUUGAUUUAAUUUCAUGUUAUUUGGUUGCAUGAAGUUGCCCUUAACCACUAAGGAUUAUCGAGAUUUUUGCACAAGCUUAUACAAGUCUAGGAUCCUUUAUCAAGGCAGUUAUGUUAUCACUCUCCUGCCUUUACUCCACCAUCACCAAAUACUCAGCUAAAUACAAAUAAGCAUUUUUUAAAAUGACCACUCAACAUAUUGCUUAAGGGAUUUCCUCUCUGUGACAGAACCCAGGAACCAAUUCCUAGAUACAUAAUGUUGGCAUAUUGAAGAUGAACUUAAAAUUGUCCUUCAGUUUUGAGGCCAUGUGUAAAGUUUAAUCAUACUGUAAAAUAUCUAUUCCGUAUUAGAAAUAGCUAGUUGACAGCUUAUACUUCUCAAAACUCAUGUUGUUAUGUACACAAACUCAGUUUCUGUAUGUGAAGUUAGUGAGUCUUUUGUGUUACUCCAAAAUAGAGGCAAUGAUUUAUUUUUUCCCAAUCUCAGUACAAUUUGAGCUAAUCACUCAAGCUGGAUACUUUACAUUUUAAAGCUGGAAUCAGCAGUAGCCCUAUGGGAAGUCAGACAAAGCAUUGACUUUUAAAUAUAGACUUUUAAAAUGAUCUGUUGUUUUCUUUUGGAACUAGAAUUAGAAUAGUUAAUAUUCAUCCACAAACCAUUAUUAUGUGUACAUGAUUGUUGCAAUUGUGAUAAUAGAAAAUUUUAUUUAUUUUUAUGCCAGCUUAUAUUGUGAGAACACAUUUAGUCAGUUUGGGUUUUAUCAAUCCUGUUAUGCUUGUCCUUGGAACAUCUUUCGCGUAUUCAAGGUUUGUAGUUGAAAAGUUUACUGUAAAAAAAAAUCAAAAACAAAAAAAUGUAUUGUUUUUACAGAAUAAAUUUAUUGGAAUGUGUACUGGGAGUAAGAUUUGAGGUUGUAAACAACUAAGUUAGUGUAAUUUGGCUUCAUAUAUGUAAUGUGAGGUAUUAAUGUAAUUCAUAUAUUAAAGCAAAAAUUGUUAACAGCAAGUUGACAAUAGAAUCAAGUGCAGGUGAGGGUUUUCUUUUUCUUUCUUUUUUUUUUUUUUAACACUAUGGGUUUUAGGGUUUUUGUAAACACUGGGGGGAGGGAGAGGAAUUGGCUACAUGAUUGCUUGCACAUCUAAGAUACUUACCAGUUCAGUGGACCCUAAAUUCACAUACUUGACAUUAUCCAUGCAUUGAUUUGGACCCCAUUUUCUUUUGGUUUUCUUAUUUUGGUGACGAGCUAGUAAAUAACAUGAAGAAAAAAUGUAAGUGGCUCUAAAAGCUUAGGGCCAUUAAUGAUGAUGGUGGUGGUGGUGGUGGUGGUGGUGGUGGUGGUGAUGGCAGCUGAGGACAUGAAAGCACCAGUCCACCACUCCAGGGCUCUGAGGAGGCGGCUGGAUAUUUGGUUUGUUUCUCAUUUAGCAAAUAUUGAUUUUCCUCUAUUAUACUCACACUUCCAAAUAUGAAAAGUUCAUUAACAGAGAGUAGGAAUGCCAAUCCAGUUCUUUUUCCUUAAAAGGUACUUUUUAAUUUUGAAUAUUUUAAUCUAAAAUUAAUGAAAUUUAAUUAAUUCAUCAAAAGUCCGUCCUCUUCAUUGCUCACACUAAAACAUAAGGAGAAUGUAAAUGACAUUUUGAAUUGGAACAUAUUACCGACAGAUUUUCAAAACAAAAAGCCUAAAGACUGCAGAACUUUUUCUGAAAAAAAAAAAAUACAAAAUGUUUCAAAUUUAAUACAAUUUGUCUUCAUAAAAGACCAAAAAUGAUUUAUUAAAAAUAUACACUGAAAUGCAAUAGAAAUAUUUCCAGUCACCAAUAAAAUAAGGGUAAUGAUAAAGUUAUAGAUCCCUCCUUAGCUAUUUAGACUCACAAUUUUCAGUAAAAGCAAUUUUUGAAACAGCAGUAAAUAAUAUACUUUCCUUGGGAAAACAUUUUUCAAGCAACAUUUUUAAAUAUUCUGAUGAUUUGUCUUUUAUAUUGAGGUUGAUAAUGAAACAUAGAUCUUAUAUGCAAAAAUAUUUCUCCAAUCUGUAUUUGCUCUUUUGAAAUUUUUAAUAUGCAUAGACCAUUUUCACUUUUGUCCUUUUCAUGCUCACUAUUAUAGGAGCUAAAUUGUAAUUUUUCACACUUAUAUUUAAUAUGUGCAAACAGAAUAUUGAGAUAGGUGGUCGAGUUUAUUCACAAAUAACUUGAAAUAUAUUUCUUUAAGCAAACUUUCUGAAUAACUUCAAUUUUCCUUCAAAAUAAAGAAAAUUUACCCACAUAAUUCCUAUGAUAGCUCACAUAUACAAUACGGAACAAGAAUUUAUGUAUUCUUAAAUGUUUCUUGUGGGAAGAGAGUGGAAUGGGACCAAAUAUCAGCACCAAGAUAACAAAAGUCAGCAACACUAGAGAGAAAGAACAUAAAAUAAUGCUUUUAUUCAACUUUUUCAUCUGCCUUUGUUUUUAUGAAGAACUCUGGUUUGUAGAUACAUCGAUAGGCCAAGAGCUGAGGAAGAACUCCAUAUGCUAUGUUUAAUGCUAAAAAAAGGAUUUUCGCUUCUUCAGGAACUCUGUAGACAUAAGCAGUUCUAGCAUGAAGAGAAGCACCGAUGUGAGAAAACUGAGCCUGUUGCAUUAAAAAAAAAAGGGGGGGGGGGGCGUAAGCAUAAAUUUUGUGUUUAGCUGAACUCAUGAUGAGUUCUGAAUGAUUCAUUCAGACCAUGUUCCUGUGCCCUCAAAACCAGGACUUUCAAACAAUUCAUUACUUUCAAUAUUUCAUUGAAUUUAGGGCCAGUCUUGACAUAACUGUUCAAAUAAAGUAAAUCUUCUUUAGCAUAUCUUUAUCAGGCUAGCUGUUUUUUAAUUUAACCCAUCUAGUGCCCCCAUACCAAACAGCAGUGGCUCAGUUUAACAAAAAUCUGAAUAAAAUCUGCUUUUUCCUGAUUUGCAUUCUAGAGAUAUCCUACAUAGGAACUCAGUUGUGGCUCACAAAAUGUGUUCGAAUAAAAAUGAAACAAGUAUUGAAGCAAGCUAAAAUUUUUUUAGCAUAACUAAAGAGAAGCACUGAGGACCUCAGCUUCACUUAUCAGUUCUUUCACCUGCUCCUUGGAGCAAGGGCUCAAAGCCCUUCAUUACAUUUUGUUUGUUUCUUUUAUUCAUGUAUUUGGUUUUUUUAAUGCAAGUUAAAAAAUACUAAGAGUUGCUUUGUAAGUUAAGGUCAGGGUAGGGAUUUGGCUGCUCUUUAUAAAAUGGCAAAUGUAUACACAGGCAACCUUUUCAAAUCAAAUCAUUUAGACCUACAGCUUGUCAGCAUAAUCUGAGUUUACAAAACAAAGGCAAGAGCUUCCCAUUCGUACUUAGAUACUUGUUCAGAACAUACAUUUGGAAUGUGCCAGUUGGUCUUUUUUGAUACUUUUCAUAAGCACAGGGGAAAACUGUAUUAGAAAGGCUUCCUUGAAAGUAUUUCCUCAGGAUCCUUGUAUCAUUACAAAAUGCAGCUCUGGAGUUUGCAUUUCAUAUCUUACUGAAAUUCAAGAUGUACAUGAAUAAAGGAUUGGGAAUCUGAAUGUAAUAAGUGGUGACUUAUUCAUCAGGAUCAAAGUGAUGAGACAAAAGAUACUAUAAAGAAGGCAUAGAAAUAACAAGAAUGAAAACUAAAUAAUUUGCUUUAAGUACAUGUAAGUUAUCUUAUAUUUCCUUCCAUAUGAAAUCAGUUUAUUCUGCUAAGUGGUUAACAGAUAAAAGUGUUACUUUAGCACUUGACUUUACUGUGAUAAGAAAAGGACAGGUUUUCAUAAGCAGUAUGCCUAGGGAUUGUGUCAGUGACAGAUUUUAACUGGUUACAUUUUUACAAAUUACUGAUACAUUCUGGGGGCAGUCUGGUAGUUUUGCUACUCUCUGGAGAUAGAAAUUAAAUUAGCAUGGUGUGUUGCCAAGGACUAAAGCCAAUGCCAACACAGGAAUCAUCUGCAUUGUCAUCUGUGAGGCACUGAGAGGGCUCUACCCUCAAGCACACCUCCCCCGGGGCAGAUACCCAAACAGAACCCAGCAAACAUUUCAUCUCUAGGCUAUGAAGACAAAAGACCUGGAGAGUAAAGGGUAUUUGAGAGGCUGCCCUGAGGAGCUGCUCUUGUGGACAUUCUAGGAACACUGAAUAGGAACUUGGUCCCUGUCACUAUUUUUUUUCCUAGGGCCUAUUUUGAAUAAUAAUAUUUUCCUGAAUAUAUAACCAAACUUUUUCCUCUGAACUAGAGACCAGAUCUGAACCAUGAUUUUCAGAAAUGUGCAUUUGGUGUCUAUCUUUAUAGACACAUAUACACAUCUCAAAAAUCACCAAAUUUGGGGAAACGUGAACCACUGUUUAAGAGAAUAAUAUGAGCAAUCAUGCCUACUUGCAUAGCGAACCUGCUAAAAAGUCUGAUUUUGUGGGGUCUCUUCCUGCACUGACCAGUGCAGUUAAUACCUCAUUUUCACAAACAGUAAACUCAUGGCAACAUUAAAAAAUGAUCAUGUCCUUAGAUUAGAUUGUAAGCCCAGCGGGCAGGUACUAUGUCUGAUGUUUUGUGUGGCACCUAUCACAUUGUUAGAGCUCAAUAAACGUUCAACAGUAA